GGCGGCCCCGGGCUCAUGGAGGCGCCGGAGAGGGCGGGCGGUGGGGAGCCCCCCGAGCCGGGCGGGCGGCCGGGGCUGGGCCCGCGGGCCUUCGUCCCGCAGAAGGAGAUCGUGUACAACAAGCUUCUGCCCUACGCCGAGAAGCUGGACGCCGAGUCGGACGUGCAGCUGGCGCAGAUCAAGUGCAACCUGGGCCGGGCGGUGCAGCUCCAGGAGCUGUGGCCCGGGGGCCUCUUCUGGACCCGGAAACUCUCCACGUAUAUCCGACUUUAUGGGAGAAAAUUUAGCAAAGAAGAUCAUGUUCUUUUUAUUAAGUUAUUGUACGAGCUGGUAUCAAUUCCAAAACUUGAAAUCAGCAUGAUGCAGGGCUUUGCCCGCCUCUUGAUCAACUUAUUAAAGAAAAAGGAACUUCUCUCAAGAGAUGAUUUAGAGUUACCUUGGAGACCGCUUUAUGAUAUAGUGGAAAAAAUAUUAUAUUCUAAGACAGAGCACCUGGGAUUAAAUUCAUUUCCUAAUUCUGUAGAAAAUGUUCUCAAAACACUCGUGAAAAGCUGCCGACCAUAUUUUCCAGCAGAUGCAACAGCAGAAAUGUUGGAAGAAUGGCGGCCUCUAAUGUGUCCUUUUGAUGUGACAAUGCAGAAGGCCAUCACUUAUUUUGAAAUAUUUCUUCCUACCUCCCUUCCUCCAGAACUGCAUCAUAAAGGUUUUAAACUUUGGUUUGAUGAAUUAAUUGGCCUUUGGGUUUCAGUGCAGAAUCUCCCACAGUGGGAGGGGCAAUUAGUAAAUCUCUUUGCUCGAUUGGCUACAGAUAAUAUAGGAUACAUAGACUGGGAUCCAUAUGUACCAAAGAUAUUUACAAGAAUUCUGAGAAGCCUGAACCUCCCAGUGGGAAGCAGUCAAGUGUUAGUCCCAAGAUUUUUAACAAAUGCUUAUGAUAUAGGACAUGCUGUAAUAUGGAUCACUGCAAUGAUGGGUGGACCAAGUAAAUUAGUACAAAAACAUUUGGCUGGUUUAUUUAAUAGCAUCACAUCUUUUUAUCAUCCUUCAAAUAAUGGGCGUUGGCUGAACAAGUUAAUGAAACUCCUUCAGCGCUUGCCAAACAGCGUUGUUAGGAGAUUACAUCGUGAAAGAUAUAAGAAGCCCUCCUGGUUAACUCCUGUGCCUGACAGCCAUAAGCUUACUGAUGAAGAUGUUACAGACUUUGUACAGUGCAUUAUUCAGCCUGUCCUCUUGGCCAUGUUUAGUAAAACUGGCAGUCUAGAAGCAGCCCAGGCUCUGCAGAACCUGGCACUCAUGAGACCUGAGUUAGUAAUACCCCCUGUGCUUGAAAGAACAUAUCCUGCUUUAGAGACAUUGACAGAACCUCAUCAGCUCACAGCCACAUUAAGUUGUGUCAUUGGAGUAGCCCGAAGUUUGGUAUCAGGUGGCAAAUGGUUCCCUGAAGGUCCAACACACAUGCUACCUCUGUUAAUGAGAGCAUUGCCUGGAGUGGAUCCAAAUGACUUUAGUAAAUGCAUGAUCACAUUCCAAUUUAUAGGAACAUUUUCUACUCUGGUGCCUUUAGUAGAUUGUUCAUCUGUACUGCAAGAAAGAAAUGACCUCACAGAAAUUGAAAAAGAACUUUGUUCGGCCACAGCUGAAUUUGAGGAUUUCGUCUUACAAUUUAUGGACAGAUGCUUUGGACUAAUAGAAAGUAGCACAUUAGAGCAAACAAGGGAAGAGACAGAAACUGAGAAAAUGACCCACUUGGAGAGUUUGGUUGAGUUGGGUUUGUCUUCUACGUUUAGUACAAUCCUCACACAGUGUUCCAAAGAAAUAUUUAUGGUAGCCCUUCAGAAGGUCUUUAACUUUUCUGUUUCUCAUAUAUUUGAAACAAGAGUUGCAGGACGCAUGGUAGCAGACAUGUGCCGUGCUGCUGUAAAGUGCUGCCCGGAAGAAUCCUUGAAGCUCUUUGUUCCCCACUGCUACGGUGUUAUAACUCAGCUUACAAUGAAUGAUGAUGUAUUGAAUGAAGAAGAGCUGGACAAGGAGUUGCUGUGGAACCUUCAGCUUCUGUCUGAGAUUACUCGUGUAGAUGGGAAGAAGUUGCUUCUGUAUAAGGAGCAACUUGUGAAGAUUCUCCAGCGAGCCCUACACCUCACCUGUAAGCAGGGCUACACACUGUCUUGCAAUCUUCUGCAUCAUCUUCUCCGUUCCACCACACUAAUCUACCCCACAGAAUACUGCAGUGUGCCGGGCGGCUUUAACAAGCCUCCUUCGGAGUACUUCCCUAUCAAGGACUGGGGCAAGCCUGGAGAUUUAUGGAAUCUGGGGAUCCAGUGGCAUGUUCCUUCUUCGGAGGAAGUUUCUUUCGCCUUCUAUUUGUUAGACUCCUUUCUUCAGCCUGAGCUCAUCAAACUCCAGAGUUGUGGGGAUGGAGUACUUGAAAUGUCUAGAGAUGAUAUUCUACAGAGUCUGACUAUAGUACACAGCUGCUUGAUUGGCUCAGGGAACCUCCUACCUCCGUUGAAAGGAGAGCCAGUUACUAACUUGAAACUACCCAGCACUGCUGGGGAAGCUGCACACAGAACAGGAAACAGUUACUACUCCACGUUUUUAAGACAUGGUUUCUCUCUGUGCCUGGGCUUGCUGCUUUGUCUAGAAUGGCUGGCCAGUGAGCCCCAGAGAUUCUGUUUUAUCCUUCUUCUCAGCACUGUGCCACCACAGGUGCUGGAGUCUGAACUCAUAGCCUGGUGCUUAUGCAGCAGGGUACCAAGUAUGGUGUCCUUAGAGGAAACAAAAUUGUAUACUGGACUGGAACAUGAUCUAUCCAGAGAGAACUACCGAGAAACAAUUGCUAGUGUCAUACGGAAACUUCUUAACCACAUACUUGAUAAUUCUGAAGAUGAUACCAAAUCAUUGUUUCUCAUCAUAAAGAUUAUUGGAGACCUUCUGCAAUUCCAAGGAUCUCAUAAACAUGAAUUUGACUCCCGAUGGAAAAGCUUUAACUUAGUAAAGAAAUCAAUGGAAAAUCGGUUCCAUGGAAAAAAGCAACAUAUCAGAGCACUGCUAAUUGACAGAGUGAUGCUGCAGCAUGAGUUGCGAACACUAACUGUUGAAGGUUGUGAGUAUAAAAGGAUACAUCAAGAUAUGAUCAGAGAUCUUCUUCGAUUGUCAACAAGUUCGUACAGUCAGGUCAGAAACAAGGCUCAGCAAACAUUUUUUGCUGCUUUGGGAGCAUAUAACUUCUGUUGCAGAGAUAUCAUCCCUUUGGUUUUGGAGUUUUUACGACCUGAUAGACAGGAUGUCACACAGCAGCAGUUCAAGGGCGCCUUAUAUUGUCUACUUGGAAAUCAUAGUGGUGUAUGCCUGGCCAACCUUCAUGAUUGGGACUGUAUUGUGCAGACUUGGCCAGCACUUGUUUCUUCGGGACUUAGCCAAGCCAUGUCACUGGAAAAGCCAUCAAUAGUGAGACUGUUUGAUGACCUUGCAGAAAAGAUUCAUAGACAGUAUGAAACAAUUGGCUUGGACUUUACAAUUCCAAAGCCAUGUGUUGCAAUAGCAGAAUUACUUGAACAAUCAAAGAAUCCUUCUAUUAGCCAGACGCUACUUAGCCCAGAAAAGAUUAAAGAAGGACAGAAGCGCCAACAGGAAAAGAAUGCUGAUGCCCUAAGGAACUAUGAAAGGUUAGUCAACACUUUACUAGAUGGCGUGGAGCAGAGAAACCUGCCUUGGAAAUUUGAGCAUAUAGGCAUUGGGCUUCUGUCUCUACUCCUAAGGGAGGACAGAGUGUUGCCUCUUCGUGCCAUACGUUUUUUUGUUGAAAAUCUCAACCAUGAUGCAAUCGUUGUUCGAAAGAUGGCUAUCUCAGCUGUUGCUGGUAUUCUCAAGCAGCUAAAAAGAACUCACAAAAAGCUGACCAUCAACCCUUAUGAAAUCAGUGGAUGUCCUAAACCCACCAAAAUUCUUGCUGGUGAUAGACCUGAUAAUCAUUGGUUGCAUUAUGAUAGCAAAAAUAUACCAAGAACAAAAAAAGAAUGGGAGUCAAGUUGCUUUGUUGAAAAAACUCACUGGGGAUACUACAACUGGCCAAAGAACAUGGUUGUGUAUGCCGGUGCAGAAGAGCAACCUAAGCUUGGCAGAAGCAGGGAGGAUAUGACGGAGGCAGAACAGAUUGUGUAUGAUCGUUUUUCUGACCCAAAGUUUGUCGAGCAGUUAAUUACUUUUCUAUCUUUAGAAGACAGAAAAGGAAGAGAUAAGUUUAGUCCCCGGCGUUUCUGCCUCUUUAAGGGUAUAUUUAGAAAUUUUGAUGAUGCCUUUCUGCCUAUUCUGAAGCCCCAUUUAGAACGUUUGGUUGCAGAUUCUCAUGAAAGUACCCAGAGAUGUGUUGCAGAAAUUAUAGCUGGUUUAAUCAGAGGUUCUAAGCAUUGGACAUUUGAGAAGGUGGAGAAGCUUUGGGAGCUCCUGUGCCCGCUGCUGAGAACAGCUCUGUCCAACAUGACGGUGGAGACAUACAAUGACUGGGGAACCUGCAUAGCCACGUCCUGUGAAAGCAGAGAUCCCCGGAAGCUUCAUUGGCUUUUUGAGCUGCUUUUGGAGUCACCAUUGAGUGGUGAAGGGGGAUCCUUUGUAGAUGCAUGCCGACUCUAUGUGCUACAAGGUGGCCUUGCCCAGCAAGAAUGGAGAGUCCCUGAGCUACUACACAGACUUCUGAAGUACUUGGAACCCAAACUCACCCAGGUUUACAAAAAUGUCAGAGAACGGAUAGGGAGUGUGCUGACCUACAUAUUUAUGAUAGAUGUUUCUUUGCCAAAUACCGCACCAACAACAUCCCCUUGUAUCUCUGAGUUUACUGCUCGAGUCCUAGAAAAACUGAAACCCCUCACGGAUGUGGAUGAAGAAAUUCAGAACCAUGUUAUGGAAGAAAAUGGCAUUGGUGAAGAAGAUGAACGAACUCAGGGCAUUAAACUCUUAAAAACCAUACUGAAAUGGCUUAUGGCAAGUGCAGGAAGAUCUUUCUCUACAGCAGUCAAAGAACAACUUCAGCUUCUGCCUUUGUUCUUUAAGAUCGCCCCGGUGGAAAAUGACAAUAGCUAUGAUGAACUGAAAAGAGAUGCGAAGCUUUGUUUGUCACUGAUGUCUCAGGGGUUGCUCUACCCUCAUCAAGUGCCUUUGGUACUUCAGGUGCUAAACCAAACAGCAAGAAGUAGUUCUUGGCAUGCAAGAUAUACAGUGCUGACCUACCUCCAGACCAUGGUAUUUUAUAACCUCUUUAUUUUCCUAAACAAUGAGGAUGCAGUCAAAGACAUCAGAUGGCUGAUUAUAUGUCUUUUGGAAGAUGAACAGUUAGAGGUUCGAGAAAUGGCUGCUACUACCUUAAGUGGUCUGCUACAAUGCAACUUCCUUACCAUGGACAGUGCUAUGCAGAUUCAUUUUGAGCAACUUUGCAAAACAAAACUACCCAAGAAAAGAAAGCGAGACCCUGGUUCUGUGGGAGAUACCAUUCCUUCUGCAGAGUUGGUCAGGCGUCAUGCUGGUGUGCUUGGACUUGGUGCAUGUGUUCUUUCUAGCCCUUAUGAUGUGCCCACCUGGAUGCCCCAGCUCCUUAUGAACCUCAGUGCACAUUUGAAUGAUCCCCAGCCUAUUGAGAUGACUGUAAAGAAGACCUUAUCCAAUUUCCGAAGGACGCACCAUGACAACUGGCAAGAACACAAGCAGCAGUUCACUGACGACCAGCUGCUUGUUCUCACCGACCUCCUUGUGUCACCGUGCUAUUAUGCAUAGAGAGAUGGCUAGUCCUGAUUUGGGGCUCAAUUCAUCAAAAAUUCCAGCUCCUCAGGUACCAUCUGUGGUUGGCUCUCUGCAGGUCUCACAACUCAGCCUCAGUUGAGCUCUCGUCAUUUUAACGGCUUCUGCGCUCACAGGUUCUCAACUGCCAUUUGAUUUCCUAAAACUUGUCUUGAAGUGUUCUCAGAAUACUGAUUGCUUUUUUACUUUGAGGCAUAUGACAAAGUCACAAAGUCUCAGACUAGAAAUAAUCCAAUAUGAUCAUGGCAUCAUGACCAAACAGCCUAGAAGCUUGUUAAAAACAAAACAAUUCCUUUAGAAUGGAGACUACUUACCAGUAGUAAUGUUGGUCCUGUCAUUUCAUUCAUUUCAAAUUAUUUUGAAUUCUUCCUCAAAGGCAAUUGGGUUUACUGGUAGUAGGCCAUGGGCCAUGAAUCUGAAGUCUGGACAGCCUUGUGUCUGGAGAGCCAUGAAGAGAAAAGGAUCAAAGGGGGGCAAGUCUCCGAAUCAACUUGUGACCUGACAGAUUGCUUGACCAUAUUGCAGAAGUCUGUGUCUGUGUUUCCACAGACUGGAGUUUUUGGUGCUGAAUAAGAGCCAAUUGCUGAAAAACUGGGGUUUGAUGAAUAAAUUUUAGACUGAUUUGUAUGUGUAUACAAUGUGUGAUUUUAAAAAUAAAGAACAACAUCAAUAAACACCUUGGCUGGUUGCUUUUUGCCCUAGUCCUCACAAAUACUGUGUUGCACCUCACACAAAUGGACUGUUGCUGUGGUUAUGGAAAUUCUCUUUUAAUCUUUCUCUCUCUCUCUCUCCUUCCCCCUCACUCGCCCCCUUUCUCUCCUCACCCUGCCUGCUUGCAGAAUCAUUGAAACUAAUAAAACUUGGAAUUUGACUUGUUUAGUGUGUUACAUAGAUGUAAAAGAUUGUAUAAGCCAUAGAGAUAAUAUUGGCAAGACUUUGUACAGAUGCAGCCGUUAACACGAACCAUUGUGUGACUGGUUUGUAAAGAUUCACACACAACUUUUACUAUGGCACUUUGUACCUCCAGAAUACCAUUUUUUGAUGUGUGUUUUAAAAUUAUUUUCUUUAUAUUCUCAUGUUACAAAAGCUGAACUGUGGGAUUUUUUAAGUUCAUUUAAUAUUAGAAUAUCUGGAUUUUUGUGUACUUUUUUUGCGUGUAUCUCUAAAUGGUAACAUGUUUGCCCUGUCACAACUUUAUAAAGUGCAAGGUAUGUUGUAGGUGGAAGAACUGAUGAAUGUCAUCUUGUGACACGCCCUUAAAGGAGCACUACAAUAUAUUUUUUAGUGUCUACAUGCUGAGUAUCCCAACACAGCAGUAGUCUUGGUACAGUAUUGAAGUGUCAGCAUACACAGACAUAAUCCCUGCAUAGAGUAGUGCCUAACUAUUUCAAUUGUGUAACUAGUUUAAAUCCCAAUAAAAAGG